AGUUUGAAUUUAAUUGCGGUAACUGUCAAAAUCGUUGGAAAAAACUAGAAAGCAAGAAAAUGGCUGACACCAUUAACAAACCAAAAUUGCAAUUACGUACCGGCGUUUCAGUAAACGGCGACAAAACACCAUCACCGGCGACGAAGCUCUUAAUUAAUCAUGGUAAACCCAAUUUCACCAUUUCGCGUAGUAACAAGUUGCAACAAAAUGGCGACAGCAACGACAGUAACAACAACAAUAACAACGAAAAUGGGUACACAAAUGGCAACAACAUUAGCAACGACUUUAUUGUGAAGAGUACCAAAUUCAACGGGGUCUUCAAGCCUGCCAAUGUUACCGUAGAGAAACAAGUGUCCACUGAAAAUGAGGGCAUCAAAGUAGUGCUUAGGCCGACAAAAGUCACGGAAUCUGUAGCAGUGAAUAACGGCACACAAGAAAAUGAGGCUGCCAAAGUAGUGCUAAGACGAGCCAAAGUUUCAGAACCCGCUCUUAAAGAUGGUGAAGAUGACUCUGUGCCUGAAUUUAUACGUAGACAACGCAGAAUACAAGAACGUUUGACUAAAGAGAAUAUUUUGGAUUUCGAAAAUAGACGUAGCGGUUACUUUACACAUGUAAUGAUAUCGCCUACUGCUACUACAGCUAAUCGCACAUCUUUUGUUGAGACUAUGUCAAGUCCAGCUAUAGUGCCCGCAUUAGAAAUACCACCACCAAUUCCAAAGGCGCGUAUUGACCCAUCAACAUUGUUAGAAGAGGAAGAAGAGAAGGUUGUAGAUCAACGAGCAGAAACAAUCGUACCAGUCGCAACAAAUGGUUAUAUCAAUGAUGAGGAAGAGGUUGCUAAAGCUAUAGAGGAAGUUAAUAAAGCUGUAGCUGGUGAAGAUGAUGAUAAAAUAAUUGAACUCGAGCAAGAAACCGGUGAAGUGAAAGAAGAAAGCCAUGAAAGGGUAUUAGAGAUCCAAGCUGAAGAAAAACCUACUGCUCAACCAGUAGUUGAUGCAGUAGUUGUUGCUGUCACAACUGCAGCAGUCAUUGAUGAACCAACCAAGAUUGUAGAAAACGAAGAAACUGGUAAACCUGCAGUGAUUGAAACAGCAGUGUGCAUUGACGAAUCGAAGAAAGAAGAAACAACUUACGAAAAUGCAACAACAGAAGCGGAAGCAAUACGCGCUACUGUAGCAGCCGUGGCCACUUCCUUGCCAAUUGAGGAAGUUGCAGUUCAAGUUGAAGAAACACAUCAAAAUGGACAUGUUGAAGAAGUCAAACACAGUGUACAAGUCGAUGAGCAUAAGCAAAACGGUGAGCCAGAGGUAACCAUUUUACACACUAAUGGCGUCGAUGGACCCAGUAUACCAACACCGGAUCCAAGCGGUGCAUUAGGCGUUAAUUUUGAACCAAAAACUGUUGUAUCCUUUUCCAAAGAUUUGUCAAGUGAACCCAAUAAAUAUCCCGAUACGGUGAAGGUGGUAAAAGAUGGUGAAGUUGUGACUAAAGAAACAAAUGAAGAUUUGAAAGACCUAGCUAAACUGAAGUUUGAUAUUCAAGCGGAUGAAAAGGAUGUACAAGUAACACCUGUUUUAAGAACGGAAGAGAAUUAAAUGAAAAGGAUAUGUAUAGUGGCUAGCAGUAGUGUAAUUAGUUUAUUUAAUCUUAUUAUUCAAUGACUUUUUAAAAGUUAUUAAUUGCAAAAAUUUUAUUAACUUUUAUUCAAUAUGGUGUGUAUAUGUUGAAUACAGCGCAAGAAAGGGACAACAGUGCAAGACAGUUUAAGCAAAACUAAGGACCUCAAGUUAUUUUUCGUUACGCACAUCACAAUGUAUAUAAGCAAAACUUCGGCGUAAUUGUUUACAACGAACAUAGUCCAUUUUAUCCUAUUAUAUAUUACAUAUUAUUUAAUUAUUAUAAUUAUUACAUACUUUAAGUCUAGAGU